AAAACCCACAUUGUUGCUUGGCGACCAUUGUCAACGACUGGGCCAAACAAAAAUAAAUUUUUGUAUAUAUUUUCAGGAAGUGUGAACUUUUUUUGUUUUAUUUACAUUAAUGUUGUUUAACUUGCUACUUGAGAAUGUCAAUAAAUUUCAAUUACAAUUAUCCUCAACUUGCGCGCGAAGCCGGUUUCAAGCUGCGACAAUACAAAGAUGGACCCAUCGACUGGCGUAUCUUAGGUACCAUCGAAAUUGAGCGUCUACUGCAGGAUCAACGAUUCGAGCAAGUGGACGCAUUGUUGGCACAUCUCUCCGAAGCGCCUUUGGCCACAAUCUUGGAUACAAAUAUCUUAGAUAGUGGUAUAGCCAAGUACUUCGUAGUCUCGCAAUUUGCCAUACAAUACCUGCUCUUCUGUCGUAAAUUUCUUGAUGAAACUAUACGCGAACUACGGGAGGCGCACGCCGAAUCACAAAUGGAUGUCGCCAAAUUACGAAAAUCACUUGUCGAAGCGAAUAAUGAGAUCUUACAGCUACACAAGAAGAUCACACAAAUCGAGGCUAUACACGAAGUGAUAUAUCCAUGUCAUCUCUGUACGAAGAGUUUCAUUAGCAAUGAUGCGCUGAAUAUACACAUUAGUCGCCGUCACGGCAUGCAUAUGACAAAUAGAACUACUGGCGGCACCGACACUGGCGUCUCUGAACGGCAUGUUGACACUUCUGCCAGUGGUGGUGCUACGAAAGAGCGUGAACAUAAUGAUUUACAAUUGAUUAACGCCAUCAAAUUGGAGCUGGAAAUUAAGCAGCUUAAAGAGCGACUUAACAAUGCGGAACGCGAUAUACGUGAACGCAACACCGCCGUGUCAAAUAGCCGACGCGAUACGCCACGUGAACCAGCUAAAACUGUUAAGAGCAUUGCUAUACAGAGUGAACUAGUGGAGACCAAAGAACAAGAUGACGGCGCAGAUGCGACAUUAAACAGCACCAGCGCCAGCACCGACAGCAGCGAGAUGAGAGAGCGCAAAGCACAGUUAACCAAUUUGCAGACGAAAAUACAGGAAUUUGAGGCAUGGCGGCAAACGCAGCAGACAAAUAAUGAAGAGUCCAUCGCUGAAAUUAAUCGGAAGUUAGGCGAAAUUGUGCACACUUUGGAAGAGGCGAAAGCCGCACCGACUGUGUCACCUGUGACAGCAGUCGCCGAAACAAAGGUGGAGGAGGAAUGUAUGGAUGCUGCUGCCUUGACAAGACGUGGAUCACCCUCAGUGGAAGAUCUCGAGCGCUUGUUAACACAGAAAGUAGUUGAAAUCGGACAAAAAAGCGCAGAAAAGCUUGAAGAGUUCGUACACAAUAUGGAAGUCAACUACAAAGAGAAACUGAACGAACUGGAACGAGAGAUAAAGAAGCGCAACGCUGCGGAAAUUAGGAUGACGAGCCCCGACAAAGCCACAGAUAUCGCAGCACAGAACGCGAUAAAUGCAGAAACAAAAACUGUCACACGCGCAACUUCCAUUGCUGAAGCGAGUAUACCGCAACGUGAUAUAAAAUAUACAGCUUUUAAUCCCACAGAAAGUGAUUCUAGUUUAAGUGUUGAACCGAAACCCGAAGCAGCGAAGCGUAUGCCGCGCAUCAGACGAAGCAUAAAUGUGGUUUCAGAAGUGUAUGCAACAAAUAAAGCAAAGCACACUGAUGAAACGUAUUUAAUAAUGGACAAAGAGGUUACGCAAGACACAACAGCAGUGAAGCCAAAGCCAAGAGUACGAAAAAUCAGGGGUAUUGAAGCAGCGUCGCCGAACAAGAAGAAUACGCAAGGAGAAGAGUUGUAUUCGCUGAGCGCGGAGAGCAAUAGAACGUUUGUAAAGCCAGAAGAUGCGGACUUGGCAAUGGAUGAGAGAGUCGAAAACGACAGCACAGACAUCGCGGAGAGUUUAAGUAGUGAAAGUGAAGAAAGUAGCAGUAAAUCGGAACUGGCUCCAACGGUUCAGAAAACGACAAAUAUCAAAGAAAAGAAAAAAAAGGAAGAUAUGAAAAAACCAAAAGAACCACCAAAACCAAAACUCUUUACACGAAAUGAUGCACAGAGAAUGGUAAAUAAACGCUUAAUUGCUGCAGGCUUGGAACCAAAAUCAAAUGUCAUAUCCACAGUGGCAAUGAAGCGCCUGAGUGCGAAACUGGUUGACAAACGCCACAAAUUAAAGCAGAAAUAUCCAAAUUUUUAUGCAACACGUAACAAAAUUAAGAAGCUCGUGGAUAAGUUGUGCUCAACAAAACUUCCCGGACCCGUUGAAGAUAUGUUGAUGCACACAAAACCAAUUAAACCGAAAACGACUUACGAUAUAGCGCGUCAGAAGCGCGACGACGUACAAGUCUCCACGGAAAUAGAUAGUUUCGAGACGUUGGAACUGACCUCCACGCCUAUCCAAACUGCGCAGAAUAUGUAUGAAAAAGACGCAUUCAAGCAACGUUUAGAGAAAAUUCUUGCCUCUCCGAUGCGACAGCCUAAUAACGAGGAUGUGGUUUUCGGCGAUCAACAGUUAACGACUGCACAAAUACAUGCAGCUCCACCAGUGCCAUUAACGCGUAAACGAGUAAUGUUUAAUACACUUAGUAAAUAAAUGGCAAUGGCGAAAGAGUGGAACAAUUAUUUAGAGAUAUAACGAGUGACUAAAACUCCAAUGAUAAAGAUAAAUAUUUAAAAAAAUAUUAAAAUUCUAUAUUAAAUUCAUUAUACCUAAACUA